CGCACCCGAAACAAACUAGUCCACCAUCUCACCAACAACUAUGCAAUUUGCCAGCGUGGCAGUGAUUUAUUUGCUUCAUAUCCACAUUUUCGUUGGAGCGGACGACGACGCGCGACUACCCAAUAAAUGUGAAGUGUGCAAGUUUCUAACAUUGGAACUCCAGGAAGCCUUGCAUGGAAGCCGUCGCUCCAAAGAAGUGCUGGAGGUGGGAGAAGUGUUGGACACUGGUAGGAGAAGAAAAACUAUCAAGUACAACAACUCGGAGACGCGCCUAAUGGAGGCCAUGGAGAACAUCUGCGAGCGCAUCCUGCAGUACAGCGUUCACGCCGAGCGUCCUGGCAGUUUGCGCUACUCCAAGGGUGCGAGCCAAACCAUGACAACGCUGAAGAACCUGGUUCACAAAGGCGUCAAAGUGGAUUUAGGCCUGCCGUACGAACUGUGGGAUGAGCCGUCCGUUGAGGUGACGGACAUGAAGAAACAGUGCGAGACCAUGUUGGAGCAGUACGAGGAAGCAGUGGAGACCUGGUACUUUCACCAUCAAGAUGAAAAGCUGGAGGACUUCCUGUGCAAGAAGCGGGUCCUUGAUGCAGCCGAGAGAGAAUGUCUCACUGAGGUGUGGAAUGGGGAUUCGGGGACUGAAGAAGACGCAGAGGGCGGGGCCACGACGAGACUUGCAGGCGAACUUUAAAAAAUGUUGAUACUUUUAGUCACACAAAUGCACAGCUGGGCCGAAAACCAAAAGUGGUUUUUGCCACAUGGCAAAAAAAAAUUGCCACAUGUCAAAAAAAAUUUGCCACACGGCAAAAAAGUUUUGCCGCCACAUGAUAAAAAAAAAUUUGCC